AGUCCAGUCAAGCUAAAUAAAAUCUACUCAAAGCGGCAAAUGUUACAGAAACGUUUGAAGAAAAAAAAAUAGUAGGAACACACAGAUUAAAAAAUUUAGGCCAAUGUUGACGUCCGAUAUUUUUCCAUUGUUGGAAAUUCCUCCUAACUUUAUAGUUCACUCUGAAAUCAUCUGAACCUGAUAUGAGCGUUUAUAUCAGGUGAAUAAAUAGACCCUUGGUGAAACAACUAUCAUAAUCACUGAGUAUGAAGUCAAUAAUCACCUCAUCAGCAAUAAAUACAAACUACAAUUAAACGAUAAAACAGAAUCAAAUAUAGAGGCAAUAAAAAUUAUAAAAACUAACAACCUUUCUUUGUAUUUUACUGAAAUAGGACACAACGAGAAGAAAAGUUGAAAUGAAAUCAAUAAAUAGAUCAAAAUAGAUCAAUAAAUUUGUAUCUAUUUUCUAUAGAUCAAAAUUUUCUAUAGAAAAUAGAUCAAAAUUGGAGGUGUUACUUUUUGAGAUUUGUUUAACCAUCUUAAUGUUGUCAGGACACAUUACCGAUUCUACAGAUCAUGUCUGGUUAUGGCUGGUAGAAUGUAGUAAUUCUUUUCACAGAUCAGAUCUAAAAUAUUCAGAGGGAAAUGCAACUUGAAGUGCUCAAACUCAUAAGUGCAAUGCUACUUGACAUGCUAUUGGUGGAGCCAAUCCAGGGAUGCCAUUUUGUUUCCCUUGGUGCUGAUUGGCAGAACCCCCGAGAGCAGAGACAUGGAGGACUGCACACGUUAGCGUCUGUGGUACUGCUAAGAUUAUUUUCCAUUGUGCGUAUUAUCACAUACUGAGGUAAAUUUGGUGCUGGAACUACUAAAAUAGACAGAAGUGUUUUUAGAUUUUAGAUAAAUGCUGGAGUCCACAAGCCCUGCGAAGGGAUCCACUGUAUGUGAUGGAAGACUAAAAAUAAGUUAAUAAAGACAAACUACAGUAGUUCGUCCUAAGAUUGCGAGCCGUAGUGUAGCAGAGAGCAGGGGGAAGGAGGUGAGUCUGUAGAGGUCACCCAAUGAGGGAGCAGAGCCCACCUGGAUGUGGGGUACAAACAAAUAUUUCCACAGGAGCCUGCAGAUGAACCGAGCGGACGGUUUGCGUUUCACACUGAACAAACACGACGAAGACACCGCCUAACUGAUUGGUUUGGGUUCAAAUGACAAUCAUUAACUCUGCUCUUUUUUAAUCAUAAUUAGAAAUGGACCAGAUAAAAAAUAUGAUAACACAAACAUGGAGCAAUAAAACAGCAGACUAUAAUAAGGCGCCACCCUUCUACAUUCAUCAUAUCCUCCAGGCUUCCUCUGGGCAGUGAUUCACUGCAGUUGAUGAUAAACUAUGGAAAAGAAGGCCUUGCUUACCUCCGGACAGCAGAGUACCGUCUUUCUUUCCGACAAAGAGGAGGUGUACAGGAUUCCUGCUCUGCACUAUGACCAAGACCAAAAGAUUCUGCUGGCCUUUGCAGAGAAGCGGAGAACCUCAAACGACGCCAGCGCAGAGGUGCUGGUCAUGAAAACGGGAGCGCUGGUCAAAGACGAAGCCACUCUUGAAAUAAGUGUUAAGUGGUCAGUGUCCAGAAACGUGGUGGAGAAGGUCCAUCUUGGUGGAUUUCGCCCCAUGAAUCCGUGCCCAGUCUACGAAAAGACAACCAAGACACUCUUUCUGUUUUUCAUCUGUGUCGAAGGCAACGUUUCAGAACCAUGGCAGAGGUUCUGGGGCGUCAACAAGGCCCGUCUCUGCUACAUGACGACCAGAGACGCCGGUGAGACCUGGAGCUCGGUCACUGACUUGACAGUAAAUUUUCCUCAGACCAAACAGUGGGCAACGUUUGCCGUUGGUCCGGGUCACGGCCUCCAAACAGAAAGCGGUAGACUGAUCGUUCCGGCCUACGCUUAUGUCUCUCGCUUCCCCUCGUGCUUCUGCGUGUCGUGUUUUUUCGCCGUCUCGCGCGCGUUCUGCUUCUACAGUGACGACAACGGCGCCACGUGGCAGCUGGGCAACACGCUCGACGACAAAUCGGUCGAAUGCGAAAUGGCCGAGGUUUCGGACGGCAAAGGCACCAGGUACGUCUACUGCAAUGCCCGCAAUGAGGGAGGCUACCGAGUGGAGGCGGUCAGCGACAACGGGGGAGAGGAUUUCAUCACCCUCCCUCCUGCUGAGAAGCUCGCGGAAACAGGCGGAGGAUGUCAGGGGAGCGUGGUCUCCUUUCCAGCUCAACCUGGAGGGUCUGGUGCAAAUCAGGAGCCACCGUGGCUGCUUUACUCCCAUCCGACCAGUCAGUCCACAAGAGUGGACCUAGGGGUGUAUCUGAACAAAUCCCCGCUGGAUUCAAGUGCGUGGAGCAACCCCUGGAUCCUUAACGAGGGUCCCAGUGGUUACUCUGACCUGGCUUACCUUGAAGGCGGCUGGUUUGCAUGUCUGAUGGAGCGUGGAGAAGCGUCUGAAAUUGAACAGAUAGCAUGCAAUGUCUUCAGCUAUAUUCAAGUAAAAAAAGGUAUUGAAAACUAAUGUUUUCAAUUGAAAACUAAUGUUUUCAAUACCUCACUCCUUGAAGGGAUUAACAUAAGCCUAGCUACAACGUCAUUAAAUCAUUUGCUGAUGACACGAAGAAAUACUCUGAUUACAUUACUCUGCUAGCAUUUUUAGAUGCUUUGCCAAUUAAUUGAUGGAGGUGAAAAUCUUUUUCUUGUUUGAUAUUCAUCUGACAUUUUCUAUACUUCCAACUGAUUGUCAACUACAGGCAGACAGAUAAAUCAACGUGUCAAUUACCAGUGAAAUAACUUGUUAUAAAACAACACAAGUAUUUUACUCAUUAUGUUUUAACCCUAAAAUCAAACCCGAUCUUUGCUCAGCAUAAGGAGUUUUCCUCCAGGGACUUUUUGUUGACACACUGGGAUUUUAGUGAUCUCUUCAAAUUGAGAAGCUGUUUGUCUUGAUUCUUUGUCUAUUGGAAAAAACCCACUGAUCCCAGGAAUAAUCCCGUUUCACUCUGGGUCCAUGUUGAACACACAAAUUCUAAAGUCAAAAAUGAACCAUUUCUGCCUUUAGAUGCUGGUGCAGACAGAUUAAUAUGCUAUAAUCCUAACAGACUAAAACAGAAAAAGAAAAAGAAAAAAUGGCUGGACAGCAUCCUAUUACUUCAGAAACAUAACUCAUAGACACAAUGAGAUCUUUUGACUACAGCUGAACUAUUACUGAUAACUAUUCAGAAUCUCACUUAGGAAAAUAUGAGGUAACAGAUUUAAAUGGUGUUUUUCACAUGUAUUGUUUUACAUCGAUGAUCAGUGGGAGAAAAGGGUUAGAGGUGUGAUUAUGUUUCAAAUGUGUCGGGUUUCCUGGGGGUUUUUAGGUAUAUUUUUGGUCAUCUGUUGAACUUUUACCUUCGAUCAAACUUUGAUGUGAAAAUAAAUAUCCAAAUAUGAUGUAUUCGAGCAUUUAAGUGACAUUUAACUGAUGAAUAAAGUGUUAUUUUUCUUUCUACUAGUUUUUUCAUCGUUCUUUAAUUCAGGGUAGCUUGUGGUGUAGAGGUCUGAGGUUCCAAUCCCAACCUCGGGAGCUUUGCUGCAUGUUUCCCCCCCUUUUCUGUCUGAUAACGUUGAAUAAAGGCCACUAGCGCCAACAAAUCUUUAAAAAGUAUUUAGACAGACUUUCAAUAAAGUUAUCCACAUGAAGCACCUCCCAAUCUCAGUUUAUAAAAUAUUUAGGCACCUUGGAAAUAAAAAAAAAGCAAAAUUAUAGACUAGAAUAUUAGGUUUUAUUUUUAUGAGUCCUCUGUCCACAAUGUAUUUCAUAUUUGCAUUGCACUCAUACAAAAUAUAAAAGACUACACCUCAUCAAGGUUUUGUGGUGUAAAGAAAUGACACGCAAUAAAUAAAUAAAAGCUUACAUUUUCCAUCUAUAAUGUGACAUUUAUUCUGAACAGCUCAUUAGCUGUUCAGAAUAAAUUAGAUUUUUUCUAAUAACAGAAAAAAUCUAACCACUUUUGCAACGACCAGGUUGCAAAAGUGUUUUGCACACUCAAACACUUUGCGGAAGAAUCCUUUAAUCCAGUUUUAGUCUCUUUUUUUUUUAAAUUCACACGUCCAUUUAAUAGCUGAGAAUCUGAAUUACUGUCGAUAAAGUAGGACCGUUCGGACUUUUGCCAGAAGGGAAAUUUUGUAGACGUCAUAAAGAAUAAAAAAAGGAUCUCCUUAUAUAAAGGUAUCAGUCAGUUCAAGGCUACAAAAAUGGUCCACAACAAGAAUAUGCCAGUUUUUAGAUUAGUGUUUUUAGUUGAACGAUGGAGGAUAAAUAUCACACAAAAUAGGUUAUUCAUAAUUCAUUUUUUUACACCACAAAAACAUGACAUUUUAACACUGAAUUAGAGGCAAACACUUCAUGUUCCAUUUCAUCUACAACUCUUUUGCUCUUUGCGUGGAUUGCAUCCACUUUUUGAGAGUUGGAACGGUUCCAUCUGUGAUGUGGAAAAACUCCCUCUGUGCUGGAAAAUAUUUAACCUUCACGAGAAGUCUAAUCCUCACACCGCUGCAAGACCGAAAAAAAAAACACAAAAAAAACGGCAGGGGGUUGCUGAUAAACUCGGCUCUGAAAGCGGCUCGAGAUCAGAGCGGGAGUGAGGGAGGGAAGAAUUUCAAUCCUUCUGCACGGCAGGAGAAGGGUCAAGGUCAGGACAAGGUGACGGGCUGAUGAAGAGGCGUGGGAAGAAAAAAGGAAGGAUUAUAGGGAGAGGAAGUAAGUUUUUGCACGACUGUAAAGAAAAGACAAAAGACGAUCGGCGCAAUUCAUUAGUUGAGGUCAACUCUGUGCAAUGUUUAUUGCCAUGUAAUGUCUUCCAACAUUGGAAAUAAAACUUCAUUUCAGAAUAAAUAGAUCUAUUUUUUUUCUACAUUUCUCAGCAUCUUUUCAUAUACAUAGUAUUUACAUUAAUAUAACCCAAACAUAACUGAGGGAACUGAACACAGUGUUUCUGGGCAAAGUAACCCAAUAAAAGCUGUGGUCACAGCUGGAAGCCCGUUUCACAGAUCCAUAAUCACA